CGGCAGCCAUGGCGCUGCUGCGCGCCCCUCGCGGCCCGGCCCUGUCCGGCGCGCGGCGCGUGCUGGCGCUCGCCCUGCUGCAGCCCCGCGCGGGCGCCGGGUGUGGGGGGGGCGGCGGCCGGGAGCGGCCCCGCGCGGCCACGGGGCGCGCGCAGAUUCCACCAUUCUGGAAGCAGAGAUCAUGGCACAGUCUGGGAGGAUAUCGUUCCAGGCCGUUAUUAGAGGCUUCAGAGGUCCUUCUGAGGUGGCGACUGAUAGAAAAGAGAAUGUGUUGGCACGGUCAUGCAGGUGGAGGGCUUCACACAGAUCCAAAGGAGAAGCUGAAAGAGAUCGAUGCCAAGAAGAUUGUCAGAGCGAUGUUGUCUUAUGUGUGGCCCAAGGACAGACCAGACCUGCGCACCAGAGUAGCCAUUUCACUGGGCUUUUUAGCCAGUGCAAAGGCCAUGAAUAUAUUGGUUCCCUUCAUGUUUAAAUAUGCAGUGGACAACCUCAACCAGGUAUCUGGAAACGUGCUCCACCUUGGCGAUGCACCACAUACAGUGGCAACGGUGGCAACUGCUGUCCUCGUUGGCUAUGGUAUCUCAAGAGCUGGGGCAGCAUUAUUUAAUGAGGCUCGAAAUGCAGUAUUUGGGAAAGUGGCUCAAAAUUCAAUCAGAAGGAUAGCAAAGAAUGUUUUUCUUCACCUUCAUAACCUGGAUUUGGCAUUCCAUCUAAGUAGGCAAACUGGAGCUCUCUCAAAAACCAUCGACAGAGGAACAAGAGGCAUCAGUUUUGUUCUGAGCGCUUUAGUAUUUAAUCUGGGACCUACAAUGUUCGAAGUGGCGCUGGUCAGUGGAAUUCUGUAUCACAAGUGCGGUGCAGAGUUUGCUUUGGUGACCUUGGGGACACUGGGAGCCUAUGCAGCAUUCACAAUAGGAGUCACGCAGUGGAGGACUAAGUUUCGAAUAGAAAUGAACAAAGCAGAUAAUGAUGCAGGAAAUGCAGCAAUUGACUCACUGCUGAAUUAUGAGACUGUGAAGUAUUUCAAUAAUGAAAAAUAUGAAGCUCAACGGUAUGAUGGAUUCUUGAAGACGUAUGAAAAUGCCUCCCUGAAGACUACCUCUACUUUAGCUCUGCUCAACUUUGGACAGAGUGCGAUAUUUAGCGUUGGCUUAACAGCCAUCAUGGUGCUCGCCAGCCAGGGAAUCGUUGCAGGUAGCCUUUCUGUUGGAGAUUUAGUGAUGGUGAAUGGAUUGCUGUUCCAGCUUUCUCUUCCCCUAAACUUCCUGGGAACAGUAUACAGAGAGACAAGACAAGCACUUAUAGAUAUGAAUACCUUGUUUACACUUCUCAGUGUAGAUACCAAAAUUAAAGACAAAGAGCUGGCUCCACCUCUGCAGAUCACACCUCAGACUGCUGCCAUCACCUUUGAUAACGUGCAUUUUGAAUACCUCGAGGGGCAGAAAGUCCUUGCUGGAGUGUCUUUUGAAGUCCCUGCAGGAAAGAAAGUGGCCAUUGUAGGAGGUAGUGGGUCAGGGAAAAGCACAAUUGUGAGAUUAUUAUUUCGUUUCUAUGAACCUCAAAAAGGAAAUAUUUAUGUUGCUGGACAGAACAUACAAGAUGUCAGUUUGGAAAGUCUGAGAAAGGCAAUAGGAGUUGUACCUCAGGAUGCUGUUCUCUUCCACAAUACCAUCUAUUACAACCUGCUCUAUGGCAAUACUGGUGCAACGCCGGAAGAGGUGUAUGCAGUAGCGAAGUUGGCAGGGAUCCACGAUGCUAUUCUUCGAAUGCCAAAUGGUUACAACACUCAGGUUGGUGAACGAGGACUCAAGCUCUCAGGAGGAGAAAAGCAGAGAGUUGCAAUUGCCAGAGCAAUGCUAAAGGACCCGCUUAUUUUCCUCUAUGAUGAAGCCACAUCAUCUUUAGACUCAAUUACAGAAGAGAAUAUCCUCAGUGCCAUGAGGGACAUGGUGAGACACCGAACGUCAGUGUUCAUCGCUCACAGGCUGUCAACGGUGGUCGAUGCCGAUGAAAUCAUUGUGCUGGAUCAGGGUAAGGUUGUGGAACGUGGCAGACACGCCGACCUCCUUGCAAGUCCGAACAAUCUCUAUUAUGAGAUGUGGCACACACAGAGCAGUAAAGUACUCAGUAGUCAUAACAAUCCAAGCUGGGAAGAGAGAAGUAAUCAGAUGUCUAAGGAGGAAGAAAGAAAAAAACUAGAAGAAGAAAUUAUGAGUAGUGUGAAAGGCUGUGGAAACUGUUCGUGCUGAGUAUGAUCCUGGAUUGGUCUUCCAUAACAGGUUAAAAAUGCACACAAUGACAGUGAAGUGCAGCUCUUGUUUCUAAGUCAGCAUUAAAAAACUUCCUGGGUUUUGCAGGUUUGGGGUUUUUUAGUGUCUCAGAGGGGUAUAAUUUCAACCAAAGGAGUUCUAUUUUUACAUCUUCAGCAGUCUUUCAUGUUCAGUACAGCUGCAAGAGCUGAGCUUUUUCAAAACCUUUAAACUUCUCGACUAAGAGUGUCAUUUACAGCAAUUUUUAGGUAUUGGCAAGUUUUCCUGGUAGUUGCUUGAGGUGGGUUAUUAAAUUAUAAACAGAUUUGACCUUGAUUUGCAUUAUUUCUCAUCAUUAAUGGUUGAUAAAUAUGUCAUGUUUAAUUGUAAUUGGGCUAAUUUGAACUCAUUUGCUAGUGAGGAAGAUGCAAUUUAAAUUCUUCAGUGCUGUUCUGGUUUAAAACACUCUUCGUUGUAAAGAAUAAGAAAAGCCUGAAAAAAAAAUAGUAUUAGAGGCCUAAAGUAGCAAACUAAAUACUGGAAUUGCCCAUCUCACCAUUCAACAGCAUCUGUUGUACCAGGCUAUUGGGAAGGGGAUUGGUGUCAUUCUAGAGGAAAAGUAGAAGUAUUUUAAAGAGCUGGUAGAGACCUGGAAUUGACUUUUGUCAAAUUUAUUGUGUGGCUCCCUAGAAACCAUGUGGUAUGUAAAUAAGAAGAAUGUGAAGUUACCCUUAAAUUAAAAGUUCUGAGUUGAGGAUUCUGUAUCCUCAGCAGCUGCUGCAGCAGUCAAAGCAGAACGCGGUCAUUUUUUCUAUUUGAGUCGUGGUCUUAGGAAGCAAUUAAGAUUCAAUAAAGACUUCCAUAAAUUUC